AAAAUUUUAGUCUUUCAUGUUCAUUUGCAGCGAUCGGUAGUGCACAAAUCGUCGGUGAUGCCAGAAAUAGAAUAAAAAAGAUAAAAUAGAAUAAGUGAGCUGGCCGUAAUUUGAUUGAUUGAUAAUAAUACCAUUAAGCUCUGGGGUAAGGCUGGAAAAUGUUAGUGCUCCGUGCUCCAGGGUUUUUUUUUUUACAUGAAUUCAAAGUUCAAGUCGAAGAAUUAAGAACAAAUUACGUCAAUCAUGAUCUCUUUGGUGGAACUUAAAAAGCUAACGCUUGUGCAUUUGGGCAUCGCGGUGACAUUUUUUGUGUCUGGUUUGAUAAUUAAUCUGGUGCAAUUGAUAUUGUAUGUGGCAUUGAAACCCUUCAAUACAAAGCUCUUCAGACACAUCAUGUAUUACCUCUGCUACUCGCUGUAUUCACAAUUGAUCUUUGUCGCUGAAUGGUAUGCGAAUAGUAAUUUACAUUUGUACAUGGAUCCGAAUGACUUGGAGAAGCUCUGUGGCAAGGAACAUGUAAUGAUAAUUCAGAAUCAUUCCUAUGAAAUCGAUUGGCUGUGUGGCUGGAUGUUUGCCGACAAAGUUGGCUGCUUGGGUAAUUGCAAGGCAUAUGCCAAGAAAGUCAUUUCAUAUGUGCCAGUGAUGGGUUGGGCAUGGAAGUUUGCUGAAUUUGUGUUUUUGGAACGUUCAUUCGACAAGGAUAGCGAGAUAAUUGCACGCCAGCUUAAAGAGAUAUUCGAUUAUCCAGAUCCAGUAUGGCUGUUGCUGAAUGCUGAGGGUACGCGAUUCACGCCGAAGAAACACGAAGCCUCUGUUAAGUUUGCGCAGGAACGUGGUUUGCCUGUGUUAAAGCACCACCUGGUACCACGUACGAAGGGCUUCACUACCAGCUUACCGACCAUGCGUGGUCGCUGUGUAGCUAUUUAUGAUACUACUCUGGCUUUCAAGAGGGAUGCCAAGAAUUCGCCGACUAUUUCCACAUUACUAAAUGGACUGCCGGUGGAAGGCCACAUGUUUGCACGUCGUAUUCCACUCGAGAGUGUGCCUGAAGACGAGACAGCAGCUGCCGAAUGGCUACAUAACUUGUACCGCGAAAAGGAUCGCCUUGUCGACAGCUUCCUUACAACAGGCAAUUUCUGUGAAACCUCUGGCAUUAAAGAGGUGCCAGUUACUGUUUUCAAAUAUCGCACAUGUAGUCUGCUGAACUUUGCUUGUUGGGCUAUAUUCUCGAUAUCACUAAUACUCUACUAUCUAGUGUCUUCGUUUCUUUCGCAAAAUUGGAUUGGGCUUUCAAUUGCUCUCGGCGUACUUUUGACGAUUUACAUGCUUAUGAUUAAGUCGAUCAAUAUGUCUAAAAUCAGCAAAGCUUCGUCGUAUGGGUCAGAGUCGAAAACGGAUUCAAAGUCAAAGUAAUUCAAAUGCGUUUGCAUGCACAUGCACUUGCGAUAGACCGAACAAUUACGAGAUUUUUUAUUCUUUUAUUUGGGAACGUAUGUAUGUAUAUAGCCAUAAUUGUAUUUAAACGUCGUAUGAUGUUCGUUGCAACCGCAUUGAAUUUCUAUAAAUUAUGCAAAUGGAGAUAACGCGGGCAAAGUUCAAAUGUAUUUUUUAAACCUAUUUGCCCUAAUCCCACUGUACAUAUAUAAAAAGUGUAUGUAAGUAAAUGUACUUAUUGAUAUUGUUAGUGGGAAACCCUUUAGAAUUUAAGUUUAAAAUGUCAUAUUAUUGUUAAUAUGCACAUUGUAUGUUAACAAAACAACACAAAAGCAUUGACUGCUGAAGAGUCUAGAGCAUAAACAUUUACUUUGGACACCGGAGGAAUAAACUAGACGUUAAAAAAUUUGAAGUAAAAUUAUUUAUCUUAGAGAUCGAGUAUAGUGUUAAUUUUACUUGCGCAUGCUUUAAUAUUUAAUAUUUAAUUUUAUUAGGAACAGGUAAACUUUAAAAUCACAUAGCGCACACAUUAAUGGCCGUAUUCAUAAAAAGUAAAAUAGGUUUAAAUAGCUCUAUAAAGUGACAUUUUCAUACAAAUUUACGAUUUACAAAGCGGGUUAAAGUCCUUUUUAUUUUUUAUGAAUUUGGCUGUAAAUGUUUAGAAUGUGAAGCACCAUUAAAUACGGAUUAUAAUAGGGAAAGCCCAACAUUAAGUGGACAAAUUUUAAUUCAUACUUAUUCAAAAAGCAGUGUUAACAAAAAUAGCAGCGCGGCGUAUUAACAAGUUUUUUUAGUUAAGUUUUUUUUUUUAUAAACAUACAUUCACAAUUUCAAACUUUCUACAAAAAUUAUAAAUUUCUCUCCAAAAUGCAUUUUUGUAUAACAAAGUGCAAGUUUCAAGUGGCUAGGGUUUUUGAAUUACUAUUUUUGCUGCCGAUCAAGGAAUUUUCUUCAAUAUAAAAUUAUGUCUUUAUGUCACUUUUAUAUUGAAGAAAAGGCGCAACACCGUCAAACUAAAAAAAUUCAAAAAAUCAACGCGAAUUUUCAACCACCUCAAACUUGCACUAUAUUAUAUACUAAAUUUUAAUGAACUAUAAAAUUGCAUACUUAAAAGUUUUUUUAACAUUCUGAUAAAAAAGGUUGUAUACCGUUUUGUUGGGACUUGUUGAGUUUUUAUAAACAUAUUAAAAUUAAAAAAAAA